AUGGAGUCCGAAUCGGAGAGCGGGGCCGCUGCUGACACCCCCCCCCUGGAGACCCUGAGCUUCCAUGGUGAUGAAGAGAUUAUCGAGGUGGUAGAGCUGGAUCCUGGCCCGCCCGACCCGGAUGAUCUGGCCCAGGAGAUGGAAGACGUGGACUUCGAAGAAGAGGAAGAAGAGGAAGAGGGCAACGAGGAGGGCUGGGUUUUGGAACCCCAGGAAGGAGUGGUGGGCAGCAUGGAGGGCCCGGACGACAGCGAAGUCACCUUCGCGCUGCACUCAGCGUCUGUGUUUUGUGUGAGCCUGGACCCCAAGACCAACACGUUGGCCGUGACGGGGGGUGAAGAUGACAAAGCUUUCGUGUGGAGGCUCAGCGAUGGGGAGCUGCUCUUUGAGUGUGCAGGCCAUAAAGACUCUGUUACUUGUGCUGGCUUCAGCCACGACUCUACCCUAGUGGCCACCGGGGACAUGAGUGGCCUCUUGAAAGUGUGGCAGGUCGACACCAAGGAGGAAGUGUGGUCCUUUGAAGCAGGAGACCUGGAGUGGAUGGAGUGGCACCCUCGGGCACCUGUCCUCCUGGCGGGCACCGCUGACGGCAACACUUGGAUGUGGAAGGUCCCAAAUGGUGACUGCAAGACCUUCCAAGGCCCCAACUGCCCAGCUACCUGUGGCCGCGUCCUCCCUGAUGGGAAGAGAGCUGUGGUCGGCUAUGAAGAUGGCACCAUCAGGAUCUGGGACCUGAAGCAGGGAAGUCCGAUCCACGUACUAAAAGGGACCGAGGGUCACCAGGGCCCUCUGACCUGUGUCGCCACCAACCAGGACGGCAGCCUGAUCCUCACUGGCUCCGUGGACUGCCAGGCCCAGCUGGUCAGUGCCACCACUGGCAAGGUGGUGGGUGUGUUCAGACCCGAGACUGUGGCCUCCCAGCCCAACGUUGGAGAGGGGGAGGAGAGCGAGUCCAACUCCGUGGAGUCUUUGGGCUUCUGCAGCGUGAUGCCUCUGGCAGCUGUUGGCUACCUGGAUGGGACCUUGGCCAUCUAUGACCUGUCUACGCAGACCCUCAGGCAUCAGUGUCAGCACCAGUCGGGCAUCGUGCAGCUGCUGUGGGAGGCAGGCACCGCCGUGGUUUACACUUGCAGCCUGGACGGCAUCGUGCGCCUCUGGGACGCCCGCACCGGCCGCUUGCUUACCGACUACCGGGGCCACACGGCCGAGAUCCUGGACUUUGCCCUCAGCAAAGAUGCCUCCCUGGUGGUGACUACGUCAGGAGACCACAAAGCUAAAGUAUUUUGUGUGCAGAGACCUGACCGCUAA